AUGGAGAAGCAGGGCUGCAAGCACUACAGGCGGCGCUGCCGGAUCCGGGCACCGUGCUGCGACCAGGUCUUCUGGUGUCGUCACUGCCACAACGAGGCCGCCAGUGCCAGUGAGAGGCCACACGAGCUCGAUCGAUCCAAGAUUGCCGAGGUGAUUUGCGACGUUUGUGGCCACCGGCAAGCCCCGAUGCAGAAUUGCGAAGUUUGCAGCUGCCUUUUCGCAGCUUACUUCUGCCCAGAGUGCAACUUUUGGGACGAUGACGGCUUGCGGAAGAAGGUCUUCCACUGUGAAAAAUGCGGACUCUGCCGCGUUGGCGGUCGUGAAAACUACUUCCAUUGCGACGCCUGCGGCUCCUGUUAUCCGUCGGAGAUCAAGGAUUCCCACAUUUGCGUGGAGAACGCAAUGCGGCGCAACUGUCCCGUGUGCUUGCAGGACCUUUUCCAGUCCACAACGCAGGUAACGAUCUUGCAGUGCGGACACACCAUCCACCAGGAUUGCCUCAGGGAGCUUCAGAACUCCUUUGCAGGACUGCAGUCGCUGCGUUGCCCGAUCUGCAGCGUCAGCCUCUACGGCUAUGACGAGCUUUGGCAUGAAAUGGAUCGUCAGAUUGAAGAGACUCCCAUGCCCUUGGAGUGCAGGCAGCUGACGAGCAUCAUCUGUCCUACAACACUCGAAGAGUCUGAACUGGCGCAGAUGUACUUCGUGCCUCAAGCACAGGGUAUCGCAGGGAAGUUGGAGCCAACUCUUGGGCUCGAAGGCCGCGUGCCCAAGCGGAGGCCCCAGGGAGCGCUCCUCGCAGCCGGCGCCCCGGGUUGGUGGCCAGCGGCCGUGCCUCCGUGCAACGAGGCGAGAGCGGUGCCGCGAGACGUGUCCCUGGCUGCGCAGCUCCGAAAGGCUUUUCGGCUUCGAGUCUUCGAAGCAGUCGUGGCAGGUGCCGUUUCUCUGAGCGCGACAGGGCUUUGCCAGGUUCGCCACGGCCCGCGCUUCAGCACGCGAGAGCGGUCUGAGAAGAGGGCCGAAGGCGCCGGCGCGCGGGCGCUCCGAGGCAGCGCCUUCGAAUGCAUCUCGCGCAAGGGCGGGCGGGCGGCGCGCUCCCAGUGCGACUUGGAUGAGGAGCUGGCCAUGGCUGUGCUGGAGCAGGAUCUCCAUCACGAGGAGCGUCGGCGACAGCACGAAGCGCAGCUGCGUGCCGAGGACGAGCUCCUUGCGAUGGUGCUGGCUCUGAGUUUCGCGGAGGACGCCAGUGGCCGGAUUCAACAGGAAGCUGAGAUGGCUUUGGGCGCCAGAGCUGCCAGCAGGGCGAGAGCGAGCACCGAAGUCCGUGCCCGGCUUCCCGUGCAUGAAUGGCAGGGGCAGGCCUCUUCGGAGUGCGCUCUUUGCCUGGACGAGUUUGCUCCGGGGGAGAAAGUGACGCGGCUAUUCUGCUUUCACGCCUUCCACAGCGACUGCCUGGAGCCGUGGCUGAGGCGUUCAGAGACUUGCCCCACCUGCAAAAGGCACCUCCUUGAGGACAUGGAGCCCGAAUGA